AUGUCGAGCAAAGCUCUCUUCGUGUUCCCUUCCGCGUCAGGACACAUCAACCCCUCCUUCCCACUUUGCCAGCGCUUGGCGGACUUGGGUUGGGAGGUGGCCUACCUGGGAAUUCCAGAGUUUCGGGAGUCGAUUGCCGCUGCUGGUGGGAAACUCUUUGACGUGAACGAGCUGGGGAAAGAGUUUGGGAUUGAAGAUGUCAGAGCCAUGAUUGUUGGUACCGUGGCGGACUAUGGCCCCAGUGCAAAGCCCUGGGCUCUAAACUUCGGCAGCCUGGCGCUGGAGAAGUUGCUGCCCAUGUACAUAGCCUUCCUGCGACGCUUCGCCCCUCAACUGGUGGUUUACUGCCCCGUAUUGUCGCACGUUGCCCACUUUGCCGCUGGGCAUCUGGGAAUUCCGGAUGUUUCGCUGCUCACGGCGGCAGGCCCAGGAUACUGGGAUGCAGCCUUCGCAGUGCACGGUGGCUCAGCUGGAGGCCUGGUUGAUGCAAUAAAGGCCAACAGCGCCAAUGCUGCCGCGAUCGAGGGGGUUAGAACCUUGCUGCAACGGCCAGAGUUGUCCUUAAACACCUCUGAGCCACUUGUCAAUGAGUACUACACUGCUGUGAACCUGGUGACUACCGUCCCUUUCCUUGCAGACAAGCUAAACGAGAAGGAUGAAGCAUUUUAUGAGUCCGCUGGCAAGAAGUUCGAGUUUGUGGGCCCAUUGCUUGGGUCGAGGCCCCUUGCCCCCGAGUCAGAAGAUUUCCUCCGGCAGGUGGAAGUUUCUCGUGGCAGGGGUCAGGAGGUUGUGUACGUGUCAAUGGGAACGGCCAUUACCGGCAGCCAUCCUGACUUCGGUUGGUACGGCACCGCAGGCAGCGCCGUCACAGGGAAGGAGCUCUGCCAAGCGGUAUUUCGGGCCGUGUUUGCAGAGCUGGCUACAACAGCGUUGAUGAAUCCAGCCCCCGUGAUUGUGAUUUCCACAGGUGGGCAGCCAGAUGCCUUGGAGGACAUCAUCGUGCCGGCCAAUGCCAUCUGCGCCCCGAGCCUUCCUCAGGUGGAACUCCUGCGCAGAGCGAAGCCUGCGCUGUUUGUCACACAUGGUGGCCAAAACUCCUUCAUGGAGUCCUUGACGGUGGGUACCCCCAUGCUGUUCUGCCCGGGAUUUGGUGACCAGCUCGCCACGGCAGCAAAGGCUGAGCGCUUGGGACUUGGUCUCAAAGUAGACCGACCACCCAAGCAAGAGCAAGCUUCUAGUGAGGCCAUCGCGAGCUAUGAAGCGGCCGUAGCACGAGGUCUUCGGCGAAUGCUUGGGGCAGAGCGCGCGAAGUUUACGAGUGCGGCCCAGAUGGUCGUAAAGGAGCUAUCAGAAGCAGGCGGUGUGGAGAGAGCUCUCCAGAUUUGCCUCCAAACUGCGGCGGCUGGCAAGGCAUGA